UGUGCUCCAAUCCAAUUCUACUAUAACACUAAGGUCAAGCCCACUCACUCCUUUCUCUAAUCUCUUCGCAUUCUCAAUCCCAAUUUCCAACUAUAUAAUCAUUUCUCCUUCGAUCCUUUUUUCUAUUCUCAUCGAUUUUUCCAUAACUGAAGGUAACUGAAUCGUGAUCAUGGGGUUCAAUUCAGUCUAUAGAUCGUUGCAGGAUAUAUUCCCUCAGGUUGAUUCUAGGUUGUUGAGGGCUGUGGCUAUUGAACAUCCAAAGGAUGCUGAUAUUGCGGCGGAAAUUGUUCUUACAGAAAUCAUCCCUUCAAUUUCGAAGAAAUUACUUUCAGUAACUCCUCCUGAGGAUAAGAGCCCGAGAGUCAUAGUAAACCUUGAAGACGAAAGUGAGGACGAAGGGGAUGGGUUAGCGCUAGCGCACCAUAAACUUAUUAAAAGCAGAGAUGCGGGAUCUUCUUCAUCGAAUUAUUCUUCUAGGCCAGAUCUGAAUGUUCCAGUAAAAUCGCGACAGGGUGUUAGUCCUGUAAUGGUGAUAAACCUUGAAGAUGAAAGUGAGGAGGAAGGAAGUUUGGGGCAGAAACAUCAACUUGUUGAAGAUAAUGACAUGGGAUCUUCAUCAUCCACAUCAUUAUCAUCACGUUCUAUACCUGUACAGACUGCCCAAGCUGCCAAUUCUUAUGGUGGACUUGAUCUGAAUAUGACUCUUAAUGAGUCUACACUGUCAAAUGGCAGUGAUAAGAAGGAAGGAAGCAAAAGAUUUUUUGGGAUAGAUCUUGAAGCUUACUUAAAAAGAGGGUUCUCUAACGGUAUUUCUCAGGAGACAUCAAAUGGUUUUGAUUUUUUUAAUCAGGGGCGACUUGAUGUCGAUGUUGAUUCUGAAAAUUUGGCAUCUUCACGUGUAUAUCAAGUGGCGGCGAAUGAACAGAACAAUCUGAAUGAAGAAUGGGUUGAUUUUGUCCCUACUGAUGAAAAUGUUGAUGCCACUUUCUAUGAUACAAGUCACAGUUUGGAAAAAUGUGAAACUGCCUUGAAUGAGUUGGAAGGCUCUGAAGUUCAAACUGUAUCUCAACUUCAGGAGCAUACUCCAAUUGGUGAAGAUUGUCUUCAGAUGGUUAUUAAUUCAAAUCCUUCCGUCAUUGUUGGUGAAACUAGUCAUAUUGAAGAUGAGAUUGAUGUCAAUAAGACAGUUAGCCAAACCAGUCAUAUUGAAGAUGAGAUUGAUGUCAAUAAGACAGUUAGCCAAAAUAGUCGAGCAUGCAGUAUUGAUACACUUGAGGAGACCAUUGAUGAAGCCAAAACUAACAAGAAAAUGUUGUUUUCAUCGAUGGAAUCUCUCAUCAAUUUGAUGAGGGAAGUGGAACUUCUGGAGAAAGCUGCUGAGCAGGCCAAUAUGUUAGCUGCUAGGGGAGGGUCUGAUAUUCUGGAUAGGGUAGAAGAGUAUCAAGCCAUGUUGGUGCAUGCUAAAGAAGCAAAUGACAUGCAUGCAGGGGAAAUUUAUGGAGAAAAGGCUAUUCUUUCUACUGAACUGAAGGAACUUCAAUCUCGUUUGUCCAGUUUAUCUGGUGAAAGGGAUAUGUCUCUUGCAAUUCUUGAUGAGAUGCGCCAAAUUCUUGAGUCUCGAUUAACUGCAGCGGAAAUGUUGAAGAAAGCUGCUGAGCUUGAAAAGGAGGAAAAAGAAGGAUCAGCAAAGAUGGCACUUCUUGAGCAAGAAGCUAUGAUGGAGAAGGUAGUACAAGAGUCAAGGAGGUUACAACAGGAGGCAGAAGAGAAUUCAAAGUUACGGGAGUUUCUGAUGGACCGUGGGCAAAUUGUUGAUACAUUGCAAGGAGAAAUUUCUGUUAUUUGUCAGGAUAUUAGGCUUCUAAAAGAAAAAUUUGAUGCUAAUCUUCCCCUAAGUCAAUCAUUCACUUCAAGUCAGACAAGCUGCAUCUUAGCCUCUUCAGGUUCGUCUCACAAAACUUUGGCAUCUAAUGCGGGUUCUGAGCAUAGUGAUUCGUCUGAAACACUCAAGAUCACCCAGGCAUUUAAUGCGGGGUCUGAGCACAGUGAUUCGUCUGAAUUACUUAAGAUCACCCAGACAUCUAAUUCGGGUUCUGAGCAUAGUGAUUUGUCUGAAAUACUCAAGAUCACCCAGGCAGCCUCAAUUGAAAGCCUUUCUUACAAAGGUGUGGAAGAGGAGAAGUCUAAAUCUGAACGCAAUGCUCUUCUUGAUGACGGUUGGGAAAUUUUUGACAAAGAUGCAGAAUUGGAUUCCUGAGGUUUUAACUUUUUUUUUUUCUGUUGAAAGAGAAGCUAAAAGUUAAGUUCGUUCUAGCAAUUUACUUCAAAAUAAACUUUAGAAUUUUAUGGAUGCUAAAUGAUAGUGUGAGCUGGACACAUGCUUUUAUGUUUCAUGUUUCUGUAUGAAACAAUAGUAGAAACAUAUAAUAUCGUAAAUAGUAACUUGUGCUCACUAUUUCAAAAUUUUGUAUAAAAAGCGUAACAGGGAAUCAUUUUUAGUAUUUUGUUUAUGUGGUUUGUUA